GUCACCGAGGGGAGCCCCCGCCCCCCUUCGCAAAGGCCUACAACUGAGGCUGCAGGGAGAGCCGGAACUAGGCUCGCGGGAGAGGGAAGCGGCGCGUUAAAUCCGCCCCCUUCCCGCACCCCACUUCCGAGGGGGUGGGCGAUAGAGGAGAGGUUGGAGCCGCGGUGAGGGGGCCCCUCCCUUGCACCUCCCCCCACCGGACUUGGUCGCGCCCGAAGUGUAACACUUUCUCUUUGUCGGAGGAGCUCAACGGUUUCCUGUAGCUCGUGCUGAAGCUCCCGUUGCGGAGGCGCCGGUGGCAGCCCUGGCGGAGGCAGGAGCGAUGGCAGCGACCGAUAUAGCUCGCCAGGCGAUCCCCUUUAAAUGAGACCAGAUGGAGGCAGAGGCAAAUUCAGGCUCCCCAGAGGACAGCUGGGCGUUCAUCCAGAGGCCUCCUGAUUUCUUUUAGGUCCUUGCCUGCUUCUGCUUCUGCUUCCAAACGAGGUGGCGGAAUUUAACUCCACCCCUUCCCUGCUUUGACUCCUUGAGCUGGGUGGGGAGACGGCUGUAGAGAAAGCAAGUCUGUGCUUUUAGCUCAGCAGGGUCUCUGGAACUGGAAUAGAAACAAACAACCCUUCGCAUAUUGUCUGUCCGUCCGUGUAGGUGUAUAUAGCUAUUGACUUCCUAUAAAGAAUGACAGCUACUAACUUGGCCACCCCGGUUUUAAACGGAGGCCAGAAAUUCUCCGUCGACACAGAUGCGCCCUCGGUUUCCGGAGGCUUCCUACAUGGCUUGCGUCCUGUGCCACAAAGGGUGAAGGUUGCCGAACUGUCCCCCUGGCUGGACAUGUGGGGUUCGACAGCUUGCCCGACCAGCUGGUGAAUCAGUCAGUCAGCCAGGGCUUCUGCUUCAACAUCCUGUGCGUGGGAGAGACAGGUUUGGGCAAGUCCACCCUCAUGGACACCCUGUUCAACACCAAGUUCGAGGGGGAGCCAGCCACCCACACACAGCCGGGUGUCCAGCUCCAGUCCAAUACAUAUGACCUUCAAGAAAGCAACGUGGGGCUAAAGCUCACAAUUGUUAGCACAGUGGGCUUCGGGGACCAGAUCAACAAGGAGGACAGCUACAGGCCCAUUGUGGAAUUCAUCGACGCCCAAUUUGAGGCCUACCUGCAGGAGGAGCUGAAGAUUCGCAGGUUACUGCACAACUACCAUGAUUCCCGCAUCCACGCCUGCUUGUACUUCAUUGCCCCCACGGGUCAUUCCUUGAAGUCUCUGGACCUAGUGACGAUGAAGAAGCUGGACAGUAAGGUGAACGUCAUCCCCAUCAUUGCCAAAUCAGAUGCCAUUUCUAAGAGCGAGCUAACAAAGUUCAAAAUCAAAAUCACCAGCGAGCUUGUCAGCAAUGGAGUCCAGAUCUACCAGUUUCCUACAGACGAUGAGGCGGUGGCAGAGAUCAACGGAACCAUGAACGCCCACCUGCCGUUUGCUGUCAUUGGCAGCACAGAAGAACUGAAGAUAGGGAACAAGAUGGUGAAGGCGCGGCAGUAUCCCUGGGGCACGGUGCAGGUUGAAAAUGAAGCCCACUGCGACUUUGUGAAGCUGCGGGAGAUGCUGAUCCGGGUCAACAUGGAGGACCUCCGGGAGCAGACCCACAGCCGGCACUAUGAGCUGUACCGCCGCUGCAAGCUGGAGGAGAUGGGCUUUAAGGACACCGACCCUGACAGCAAACCCUUCAGCUUACAGGAGACGUAUGAGGCCAAAAGGAAUGAGUUCCUAGGGGAGCUCCAGAAAAAAGAAGAGGAGAUGAGACAGAUGUUCGUCCAGAGAGUCAAAGAGAAAGAAGCUGAACUUAAAGAGGCAGAAAAAGAGCUGCAUGAGAAGUUUGACCGUCUGAAGAAACUGCACCAGGACGAGAAGAAGAAGCUGGAGGAUAAGAAGAAAUCCCUGGAUGAUGAAGUGAACGCUUUCAAACAGAGAAAGACGGCAGCCGAGCUGCUCCAGUCCCAGGGCUCCCAGGCUGGAGGCUCACAGACUCUGAAAAGAGACAAAGAGAAGAAGAAUAAUCCAUGGCUGUGUACUGAAUAGUAUUCCCCGCUACAGCUGGACUGGACUCCAUUUAGCCUUUUAAGCCAAGGUUCCUAUUGUAACUGACAGCUUUCCUUUGGAGCGCCAGGCAGCUGGGUCCCCUGCCCCUGCCAUGUACUUCCACUUCAAGCCCCACCUCUUCUUUUGAUUUCUGCCUCACAGUCCCACUGGCACUGACCAUGACCUUCUUUUUUAUUUUUGAGGGUUUUUUUUUUUUUUGGUCACUUUCUUUCAAAACACACAAACAAGGCUAUGUGAAAUUUUCAGGCCUUUUUGAAGUAUUGAGAAUGGGAAGGGGAGUUCUCUCUUCAAUAAUAGAUAAUGACAGGAAGCAAAAAGCAGAAAAAAACGAAAAGCAAACAAAUGCACACACUUUAUCUUUUCUUGUUGGCAAAGCAAGAGUGCAGUUUUGACAUGUAUUGUUUGGUGAGUCACUGAUUGGUGAGUGGCCAGAAGCAAGUAUGAAGGUGGUGCUGCGAAAGCAUAAGCUAGUUUCUUGAGAAAAUCCAAGUCACACCGUGGAGCAUUUUCGGAGACCCUGUGCUCGGAGAUUUAAAAAACAAAAAAGCUUGGGUACUCAGCCAGUAGCUCAGGGAGAUGCUAAGCUAGGGCUGUCAGGUCUUGGGAAAGGCUGCUUAUUUGUAGCUUUGAUGUUUCUGUGACCAGUUUCACGGCUGCUUCCCAAGAAUCCCAAACAUAAACAACGAAUCGGUCUCCAUCCGCUGUAAUUAUUUGCAUUACAAAUCGGAGGCUCCCUCAUUUGCAUUUGUUUACAGAUUAACUGCUUGAGGCUUGAGGAGCUCUGAAAACUUCAAAAGGUAUUAGAGCCACCCAGCCUUUGAGAGACCUUCAGAGACUAGGCAGGAAUUUCGUAUGAGGGGAGACAUUUUGGUCCAGAAGACAGAUAGGACCCACUUUCUUGUAAGAGGAAAUUGAGGCCCCGAGAAAUGAAGGGACUUGCCAGACGCCCCAGUCCUGUUUCAUGGCAGAAGCCAGGCUAAAUGCAGUGUGUCCUGAGUCCCGAGCCAUUUUAUAGAUGGACUCAAUGUGUUCAUGUAAGUUCCUAGAGACAAGUCUUUUGAUGUUCCAGAGAAAAUGAAUAGUUAGUAUUAGAGGGCCUUUGAGGUUUUUAUCCCAUAAGAAAAUAUUCGAGGAUGGGGUGGGUAGGGACAGGCAAAGCAGAGGGCUCUAGGCCAGCACUGAGCACUUCCGCUGACGAUAAGAGUCACAGGCACCUGUUAGCUGCUCAGCUUUCCUGGGAGUCUGGAAUGGGGCGUGCGGACGGAUGUUUAACAGGUGCCCUAGAUGAUCCUUGUCAUCAAGGAAGUUUGGUAAACAAAAAUCUACCCUGUGAGUGAACACGAGACCUUUAGGAAGUCAACCAAGGCUAUUAAAAGAAUUAAAAUGCUUAUUUUAUUGGGUAGCUUGUCUCACUGUAGACAGAAAGGUUUUCUUCCUUCUUCAGUGAAAAGACUUUUUAAGUGGUACAGUUAUUACUAUUUUAAAAAAUACCCUAAGUACUCUGUUUACUUCUGGUGAAACAAAACCAGUCGUUAGAAAUGGUCUGUGUCUGGCUCCACGCCCACCCCAGCCGAGACUGGGAUAGAACGGUUUUCUUGAAAAAUCCCCAUGUGUACACACACACACCCCUCAUGUCUCUUAAGCCAGAAGUUUGCUUUUCCUAGCUGCAGUACAGAUCACUUUUUUGUUGUUUAUGUUUUUUGUUUUAAUUAUUUGGCAUUCACAUGUGGCUGUUAAUAUGUGCUCUCUCUCUCUCUUUUUGUUUUAAUUAAAACAAGAAGCUUUUAA